CAACCUAGUAAUGGCGGUUUGUAACUGUAACUUACCCAAGAAAAAGUGAAUAUUUGUUGCUCUCCUUAACGAAAUAUCUGAGUGACUGGGUCCAUUCUCAGGGAAGAUGGAGAUGGAUGAACCAUACCCUCGCACAAUGGGCAAUGCCUCUAGCCAUGCUCUCAAACUGAAGCAACACCUAUAUGACCAGAUGACUGCCCAGUCAGAGUUCUGUGAUGUCACAUUAGCAUUCUGUGGCAUUGAAAUGAAGGCCCACUGGUGUGUGCUGGUUUCCUGUCCAUACUUUCAGGCUCUCUACAACAGCGGACUCAAGGAGAAACAGCAAGGACAAAUAAACAUCAGUGUAGGGAAGUUUUCAGCAGUGAGAGCGGCCAUCACUUUCCUUUACACAGGGACCAUAACUCUGCAGUAUUGUUCAAUCAAAGAGAUACUAGAGGUCGCAGACUAUCUCCAGAUUGAUGACCUGAAAUCAGAGUGCACUAACUACCUCAUGAAUGUUGAAAUAACUAUCAACAACUGUGUUAAUCUAUGCCUAAUGGCUAGCUUGUAUGAUCUCGACAUUUACAUACGUGUGUACGAAUACAUUCGAGGACACUUGCCAGAAGUCUUAGAGCAUUCAGACACUUUGAGUUUGACCUCAGAAUCUAUUAUUGAAAUGCUGAAAGAUCCAACGCUUAGUUACGUCUCAAAGAAGGAAUUCUUUGAGUUUGUGCUUAGAUGGAUAGAUCAUGAUAAAGAAAACAGGGAACAAUAUUUCGAAGCCAUGUUCUGUGAGAUGGACUUGAAAAAAAUGCGGCGGGAAUUCCUGGAAACUGUAGUUGAGAGUUGUGAGCUAGUUAAAUCUUCAGACAAAUGCAAAGUUCACCUGCUGAAUGUUAAAAUGAAGCACAUGGCUGGUUUGUUACCUGCUGAUGGCAAGUCAGAUGUAUUGCUGCUCGUUGGAGGUUGUGGUUUGGGACCAUUGUUUCAUGCUUUUUAUGCCGUGCCAUUUCUGCCCAUGGCUGAUGUUCAGACAUUGAACAACAUCUGGGGAUAUGUGGUUGAAGAAAAUCGCUAUGUAGAGCUAGCUCCUCUGCCCACUACUAUGAGAUUGCCUGUUGUGGCCUUCCAUGAAGCAACCUGUUCUCUGUAUGCAUUUGAUGCCACCAUGACUGGUAUUCCUGUUGAGGACAAGACUGCUAGUGUUCAGAAGUAUGACAUCGCUGGAAAAGCUUGGUCAACAAUAAACAUAAAGCUACCGUCACCUGUUGAUGACAUAGUUAUUCAUGCCAUAGUGAUUUUGAAUGAAGGGCAAUACAUGGUUGCCUCGGCUAGGCCAUAUUCUUCAGACCCAAACAAAACAACCCAGCACAAUGUGUACAUGUUUCGAAUAAGCAGCGAUAUGACACAUUGCUCCACGAUAGAGCUUCUGUGUGCAAGAAAUAUCAGAACUGAGAUACAGGUGUGUGUUGCUGAAGAUCGCUACAUUUGUGUGAUGUGUUAUAAAUGUGGUCCAUCAGGAAUCAAACGAAACAAAACUGUGAGGUUUUUCGUGAAGGACAUUACGAAAGGUCCUUUGAAAGUUCCCGAGUUUUCUAAAGGUGCCGUGCAUGAACCAAUCAUGUUUUCUGUAAAGAAUGAAGUGUAUGUGACAAAGUCUGGGGCCCAUAGGUUUCGUAAGUUUGAUCUGCACACACGCAAGUGGACCGCAGGCAAGGAAAAGAUCAUUUCAGUAAAUACUGAAGAACCAAGGACUGACUUUUCCUGUGGCACAUACAAGAACAGGCUGUUUAUGUUUGGUGGAAAAAGUGGUAAAACCCCGAUCAACAAAGCCACCUCAAUUGAUUUUCCAACUAAAGCUGUGCAAGAGUUGGAACCUUUGCCCCGUCCUAUUGCAAACUGCUCAGUUAUUCCUGCAAAGAUUCCAAAUGAACUAAUAAGCUGUCAUAUUGACUGCCCACACUGUAAAUACAAAACAAUGCGGUCCCAAGUGUCAUAUAGCUCAGUGAUUUACCCCCCAGAUGAUGAUGAUUAUGAUGAAGACGUUUCUUAUGAUGAGGAUGACAUGUAUUCAGACUUUUGGGACAAUGAUGUAUACGAUUAUGAUGACAUGGACAUCUACCCGGGACCUGAUCAUGAUUGGCUGUUUUAAGAAAAAAUCAAUGACAUUUAGACAAAGAAACUGUGACAUUAACUGUAAAACCCAUGUCAUUUUAAGAAAGAAACAGUGGGAACUUUGGGAAAAACCCAUAUCAUCUUGAGGAACAAACAGCGAUAACUCAGGAAACAUCUGUGCCAUCUUAAGGCAGAAAUAGUCACAAGUGAAAUCAUAUCUACUGUAGAAAAUUAAUUAAUUCUUCUUAGAAAAGGAAGUUACACUGUGCUGAUAUCAUAAGAAAGAGAUUGUUGCCUGAGGUUGUUGUUUCAAUCUUGCCCAGAUUACAGUAGGCUAAAUGAAGAAAUAAACAGGGACAACAGCAUGCAACUGCAUGUCUUUUAUUGCCUGCUUCUUUCAACCUAAGAAAACUCUUUGAAACAUGAUACAUUUUUGCAUAUUUUCAAGAGUUUUGAAUGCAUGACAUAAAAAUCAAGAUUGCUUCGGGAUAAAACCAUUUGUUACAUGUACUUGUAUUAUUCUGAUACUUUUUAAGACCAUACAAAAGCCUUGUAAUUUUGCUCCAACUGACAGUGUUUCUAAAACUUUUAUUUAGUUUGUUUGAUUAUUUGAUUGUUAUUGUUUGGUUUUGUUUAACAUAAUCCUUGUUGAAUGUUUAAUUGUGUACUGACUGUAGAAUAAAUCUCCAUGACAGAAGGGUUUAACUGAAGAGAUAUGGAAGGAUGCUGCACCCUGUCCUUUUUUAGUUUCACCCUUCUGCCAUCAUAGAGACCAGCAUCGGCACCUUACAGCCUUCAUACAAAUAAAUGAUUAAGACUGUCUAAUAUUAAUAAUUAUUUUGUUUUACUUAAACUUACAGUAUGAUUAUAAAUACAUGCAAACAUGACAUAGUUGGCAGUUGAAACUUAAUAUUACUUCAGUUAAACACAUUUCUAAAAAAUUCUGUAUAGUUCUUAAUGUUCCAAGUUUUUCAAAGUCAGAUAGAAUGUGCCCUCUUUAGUCACCCUGUCCCGCUUCUGCAGAACCCUGUAGCUAUUACCCUAAUGACAUGGGCCACAACAAGAAAAAAUGGGUUUGCUCCUUACUUUUUAGCAUAACAUGUAUGUCAGAUAUGGGACGCCUUGUUCGAUUUUAGACCUUGAGAUAUACAUUGGCUUUUACACAUUUUGAGUACUGAAGUUAACGUCACAACGAGCUUUUAAUUUUAGUUGUUAUCCCAACUCCGAAAAUUUAUGGAACAUAAUAACGAAAAGUACGAUGAAUCGCACACACUAUAAAUACAGUCAAAAUCAGUCAGGAUGGAAUAAAUGGUUUUAUUUUUAACAAACUAGAAGGUUGUAGACCCAUGAGGCAUAAAGUAUAAAUAUAUGAAAACAUCAGUAAAUUAUUUGCAAAUUGCAGUAAAUGUGGCGUAUAUGUUUUACAUGAAAUCAACUGCAAAUAUCUUUGAAAGAAUCUUGUACUACUAAACAUUUCAAACCAGGGCCUUUCUACAUGCAUUUGCAGUCACAGCAAACUAAUUCCCGAGUGUGUCAUAGAUUAACUAUAAGCUCUAUUUCUUCUUGUCUCCGUUCACAUGUAAUGGUAUGUUGCAUAAUAUUGAGAGUUAUUGAUCUUUUUUCUAUUUUUUACAAAACUUGAAUCCUUUCUUACAAGUUAGAAGAAAAUGUAAAUGUUUUUGAACUUCCUGUGUCAAUGUUAAGUUUUUGUAUUAUUGUUAUAUCUGUGAAAAUUUGAUGUAAAUAAAAAGUAAAUCAUA